CACGUGACCCACCCCCAGCAUAGCGAAAACAAAAAUGGCGGCACCCAUACUGAAGUGGAAAAGGGUAACAAACACAACAGGUCCAUGCCCUAGACCUCGGCAUGGGCACAGAGCAGUCGCGAUUAAAGAUUUGAUGGUCGUCUUUGGUGGUGGGAAUGAAGGAAUUGUCGAUGAGUUGCAUGUCUUCAACACCGCAACUGGACAAUGGUUUGUCCCUGCGGUGCGAGGUGAUAUACCACCAGGAUGUGCUGCAUAUGGCAUCAUCUGCGAUGGCACAAGGAUUCUCAUAUUUGGUGGAAUGGUGGAAUAUGGGAAAUAUUCCAAUGAAGUUUAUGAGUUGCAAGCGAGUCGCUGGGAAUGGAAAAGAUUGAAGCCAAAACCACCAAAAAAUGCACCACCACCAUGUCCAAGACUUGGUCACAGUUUCACACUGAUUGGGAACAAAGCCUAUCUUUUUGGUGGUCUAGCCAAUGAUAGUGAAGACCCCAAGAAUAACAUACCAAGAUAUUUAAAUGACUGUUACACCCUUGAAUUGAAGCCAAAUAGUCAUGCUAUGACAUGGGAUCUCCCUCUGACCAAUGGGUCACCCCCUCCCCCCAGGGAGUCUCAUUCUGCAGCUGCACAUACAAACAAAGAGACCAAGAGAUCACGUUUGUUUAUAUAUGGGGGCAUGAGUGGUUGUCGCCUUGGGGAUCUAUGGCAAUUAGAAGUUGAUACAUUGACUUGGUGCAAGCCUGUGUUACAAGGCAUAGCCCCACUCCCCCGUAGCUUGCAUUCAUCUACAGUCAUUGGAAAUAGGUUGUUUGUGUUUGGUGGCUGGGUACCUCUUGUUAUGGAUGACGUCAAGGUUGCUACACAUGAGAAGGAAUGGAAAUGCACAAACACACUGGCCUCACUCAACUUAGAAUCUAUGACUUGGGAGCCCCUUGCUAUGGAAGUGUUUGAAGAUGCCCUCCCCAGGGCCAGAGCAGGACAUUGCGCAGUGGCUAUUAACACACGUCUCUAUGUAUGGAGUGGACGUGAUGGAUACAGAAAAGCAUGGAAUAACCAAGUCUGCUUUAAGGACCUCUGGUUUCUGGAAUCAGAAAAGCCUCCAGCCCCCACAAGGGUCCAGCUAGUCCGUGCAAGUACAGCCACCUUAGAGGUUUGUUGGGGAGCAGUUCCUACAGCAGAUGCCUACCUACUGCAAUUACAGAAAUAUGAUAUACCCCCAUCAACAUCAGCUCUAACCCCCACCAGUGUGUCCAACACUGCCAGUAACCCCCUGGCCAAGGCCCUCAGUCAAUCUCCACAGAUCACUAUGGUUCGAGCCCCAGGGCAACAGAUAAUACGUUCAGGGAUCACCCCAGCUGGCCAUAUUUCUAUGACACCACCAGGACAAAGACAAGUGCAUGUACAGCGUCAGAAGUCUCCCAUAACUGUUGGAGGUGGUCUUCAAGGCUUAAAGGUCAUCAGUGCCUCAUCUGGUCAACAAGUCAUCACAAUGCAGAGGUCUGCUGCUACCACAGCGACAACGCAGAUGAGUGGCAUCGCUGCAUUAGCUGCAGCAGCAGGAGCCAUGCAGAAAAUUAGCACUCCUGGCUCUGUUGUAACCCCAACACCAUCAAACACAGGAGUCAAGGUGCUCACACCAACCAUCGUAACCCCACAGGGGGUCAAGGUCAACCAGGUGCAAAAAGGUGCCACCCAGACAUAUACAACACCAUCAGGGCAAACCAUACAGCUGCCUCAAGGGACCACAAUACUGAAGACAAACGCCCAGGGUCAGGUGGUCAGUGGUGGAGCCCAGGGCAAGCAAAUCAUUACAGUGAGAAAAUCUGGAGCAAGUACUACACAGCCUCAGAUCGUAACAUUAGUUAAGACUACACAAGGGAUGACGGUUGCUUCGAACAAGACUCCCAUACCACAAGGUGCUACAAUAGUGAAGCUGGUCACAAGCCAGGCAGGAGGACAAGGCAAACCAACCACAAUCAUCACAACCCAAGCUGGCUCUACACCUAGUAACAUUAUGGGAAUCAGCAGUGUACAACCACAGACUACAUAUUCCUCACCUAAGACCAUAAUAAAAACACAUCCGCAACAAAACAUAGUCAACCUUGGAAAAUCAGGCAACUUCACAGGCACUUCAACCAUAGGGGGAAAACAAACCAUCGUCAUAGCAGCCCCCAAAUCUGGGUCUACUGUCAGUGGUACUCCAACCAAACUUAUCUCAUCAAUGCCGAAACUUGGUGGUACAUCACAGAACCAAACUCAGUUUAUUGUUGUGUCUAGGCCUAGUGGCAUGGCCACUUCUACCAUUGGAGGUACUAGGUUUGCCACUGCUGGGGGUAAGCCUAUCAAGAUCCAGACAAUGCCAGGGGGAGGUCAGAGAAUCAUCACCAGCAGUAUUGGACAGGCAGGAAAGCCAACUAUUACUAUAGUUAACACACAAGCCUCAGCCUUAGCUGCAUCAUUACAGAGUCCACUAAUGUCCACUACCACUAUGGGCAACAGUACCUCCAUUACACACGCUGUAGCCAACCCGAAUGCAAUCCUUGCUGAGACCACUGCAGCCACUGAAUCUAUUUCACAACCCUCUGACAUUCCCCAGUUUGAUGGUGCUAAUGAUACACCUCCACCAGAAGAUAAUGAAGCUGAUGCUGGAGAAGAGGACCAGCCACAGCAAGAAGAGGAGCAGCCACAACUUCAAGAGGAGCAGCCACAACUGCAAGAUGAAGUGGAACAGCUCAGUACUGAGGCUCUUGCUAACUUAGAAGACCCAACUGCUAUACCAUUGGAGAGAGCUGAUGAGGCAAUGGAAACUGACCUUGAAGCUGUAAAGGAUGAGAUUAAGGAAGAGGAGGUUCAGUUGCCAGAGCAGGCACAGCAACUAGAACAACCUGACCAACAACAAAUAGAGGAUGAUGUUCCUCUAGCUGAAGAUCCCCUUGUCAGUCAAGAUUCCAACCAAGAUAUGUCCGACCCUCUGACCACACUCGCAUCAGCAGCUAUCAGCACAGCCCUCACUGCAACCACGAACAGCUCAGUGAAUAAAGAGCAGAAUGAGAAUGGUAUUAAUGGUGUAGAUGAAAACAAAGAAGAUAUCAAACCUGAAGAUGUAGAAUCUCUAAAAGGCACACCAGGCAAGAAGGAUGGGAACCAAUGGUACGAUGUUGGUAUCAUCAAGCAGACAUCCUGUGUUGUGUCCCACUAUCACCUCCCAGCUGAAGCUGGAGCUAAUGGAGAUGUGAGUCAUGAUAUUGAUGUAGUCAGUGUACCAGAUCACAGUGUAUUAAAGCGACAAGAGCUUCUCCCAGGGACAGCGUACAAGUUCCGUGUUGCGGGGAUUAAUGCAUGUGGCAGAGGGCCAUGGAGUGAAAUCUCAGCCUUUAAGACCUGUCUCCCUGGCUAUCCAGGUGCUCCCUCAGCAAUCAAAAUUAGCAAGAGCGUAGAUGGCGCUCACCUGUCUUGGGAACCCCCACAGAACACGGCUGGUCGCAUUACAGAAUACUCAGUAUACCUUGCUGUCAGAAACUCAGCCUCACAGGUGGAACAGAAGCCCGGGGGUCCAGCACAAUUGGCGUUUGUCCGAGUCUUCUGUGGCCCCACCCCAUCAUGUGUGGUAACUACAGCCUCACUGGCGUCAGCUCAUAUCGACUAUACAACUAAACCUGCCAUAAUCUUCAGAAUCGCAGCCAGGAAUGAAAAGGGAUACGGACCAGCUACUCAAGUCAGGUGGCUUCAAGAUGCAGCCAUGGGUCCAGUGACAACAGGAAAGGUUGCUGUGAAGAGAACUAUGCCAUUGACUGAAGCAAGGAAUAACGUUGGUCAAGUUGUAAAGCGGGUGAAGAUAGAAGGUUCUGGUGACAGUUAACAACUCAGAUCUCUCAAAAAUACCAUAGAGACUAUAUUUUUAAUAUUCCACCAAAGCCAGUGCUAUGCUAAGGACAGAGACUGGAAGACAUUUUGUACAGAUAUAUUAUAAUGAAUGUUGAUCUGUUGUAUUCAAAUGUAAAGACUGGAAGGUGAGGUAGUGAAGUUAUGAUAAGUCCAAUAUGUUAUCUCCUUGUAAAACAUGUUACCUCCAAGUACAAUUUUUUAAGUAUUGAGCUGGUUGAUAACGAUGAAAUUUCCCAAAAUGAAGCCUUAAUGUUGUAAAAUGAUGAUCGAAAUAACAUGACACCCAUAAACACAAAAUGAAUUGGGACAUCUUCUAACGUUGUUUUCCACUCUCAUUAUUAUCCUUAUACAGGCUGACCCAAAAACAUAGCCCAUAACUUUUAUUCAAUGUUCUGCUUUUUGGGUCACCCUGUAUAAGACAGUAUGACUUCCACUGUACAUAAAUUUCAUACAAGGGAUUGAAGUUGCGAGGAGUAUCCAUAUUUAAUGAAAUUCAUGCCUCUAUGUAAAUAGUGUACCAUAGAAUAAAAUCACAUGUUACGAUAUAUAUAUAUAUGUAUAAUUACAAUGUUGUACAGAGCGUCUGGGCUAAAGGUUUAUAUGUAUGAAUAUCAAUAUUUUGCGGUUUUGUUGAAUAAUUAAAUGUACAUAAAAGCUUUGCUUUAAGCUAUUGUCAAUGUUUAGUGCAAAUGGAAAAGGAAGUGUCUGACAAACCAGCUUGAAUUUUGAGCCACUGAUAAUAUUUCCCUUCCAUUGGUGGUCUGUUUUGGUAAAUUUACAAACACUUACCUUGUAAUAUGCCAAGAUUUUAGUUGAAUACACAGAAGAAAUCACUGCUUUGAAGUUGAAAAUCUGAAGGGCACGUGCUCUUAUAUAUACUCAUUCCAUGGGAUCUAAUAGAUUUAUUGCCAGUAUGUUGUAUUGUGUUAAUGCCUAAAAUAAGUGCCUACCCUAGUCCGGUGAUGUCAAAUCUAUCUGAAAUACUCACAUUUUGUAGCAGGCAUCGUCUCCAGAUGGCGGAAGCCGGAAACCCGAGAAUUUAAUUCCUAUAGAAUAUUCUGCAAUAAGCAUGAUGCAGAGAAAGGUAUCUGUGAUGAAACUGUGUUUUAUACUAUUAUUUAGUAUUAGAUGGUUCGUUUCUGUGAAUUGCUUGCUUGUAAAUAAACUAAAUACAGGUAGACCUUGUAGUAGGUUAUUAUUUGUAUAUUGAUUAUACAAAAUUGGAAUGAUUGAAAUGAUGAAAUAAGAUUUAGUAAUUAUAUACAGAUUGACCUAUUUUAUUUUUUUGUUGAGAAAUGAAGUGUGUAAAACAUUUAAUUAUGGGCCUAAAUAUACUUAAUAUUUUAACAGCCUAGAUUUUGACGUCACAAUGAAAUAUGUUUGAUAAUAACGGAAUGGUAAAUCUACAAUGAUGUGAAGGUUACUAAGCAUGUAGAAUGUGACAUGGGUAAUUGAACUUAUAUAAUAAAUACUUUUGAUUUAACUACUUGUAAUACAAUAAUCCAACAAGCCAUUUCUUUUAUCUUGCGUACAUAGUGCGAGAAA